AUGAUUGAAGAACUGAGCGAGUCAUUCACCGCUGAUUCAGAUAAGAAGUUUGUCCUAGCACUGACACCUGCACAACUUGGAAAAGCUCCUGGUCAGACGAAGCGUGGCAAUCUGCCGAAGCUUCUCUCUGGUGACCAGUCCCAUGAGCAGCCGAACUCGUCGUCGUGCAUCGCCUAUGGUGGUGUUGCCAGGGACCACGCGGACGAUGAAAGUGAUAAUUGCACGCGAAACAGAAUUGCAGAAUCUGAUGAAGAAACCACUCACGCGAAAGCUGAGGCAAAGGCUGUCUUCAAGAGGCAGGACGAAAAUAUGGACAGGUAUGGCUUCAAGUGA